GUCAUUUGUUUUGACACCCUUGAUAAAAUGUCAAAUUUGUUGAGAAAAAAAUCAGUUCAUUACACCUACCUAGACUAUACAAAACUUAUGUAAUUGAAGUUUAUUAUGUUCUUUUUAGCAUAGUGUUUUUUCAUGUUACAUAUUUGUAAUCAUGACGAAAGUGUGCCGUUUGUGUUUAAUAAAACUACAAAGAGGCUCAAAAUAUUUCAAUAUUAACGCUGUUGAAUCAUUUACAGGGUUCAUGCCCUACCGUGACCAGUUAACUACGUGCAUUCCGGAAAUGGCUUUAGAUUUAAUACCUAAUCCAGUUAUAUGCAAUAAUUGCAGAACUGCUCUAAAAUCAGCUUAUGAUUUUAAGAUACGGUGUUUGUUUGUUGAAAAGAAAAUCCAACAGCAUAUUGAAGCACAAGUUGGUUUUAAUGAAAUUAGUUAUGAUUUAUCACAUAUAUCUACUGAUGAUGUACCUCCUUUGAACAAAUUAGCAUUACUUGUCCCCAAAAUAGAGGAAACAGAAGAACCAACCACUUUACAACCUGAAAAGUUUUUAAAGAUACAGAGUGAAGAGCCUAUACCAACAUUAGAAUCAGAGGAUCUAUCAUGUAGUACUAAUAAAGAAACUUCAGACGAAACACUUAAUAUUAGACCUGUAAAAUCUCAUAAGCCCUACAAGCAUUACCCAAGAGGACGAGUGAGUGUAAAUAGACUGUAUUCCCCUACUGAUGAAUUUGUAUGUAAUUUUUGUAAUGAAAGCUACAAAAGCUUACAGUUUCUAAGAAAACACAAUAAUAUAUGUUCCAAAUCCACACAGAAGGAAACUACUAAAAAUAUUUUAACAAAAAGGCCGCACCUUCCUACAAAAGCUAAAAAUCAUUUGAAAAAAUGGUUAUUCAGGCAUACAGAUCAUCCUUAUCCUACAGACCAAGAGAAACAGAUGUUAAUGCAAGAAACCAAUUUAUCACUUCUACAAGUUGAAAAUUGGUUCAUAAAUGCUAGAAGAAGAAUUUUGCAGGACCUUACGAAACUUAAGAGGAGGGGUUUGAGAACAGCCGAAGAUAUAUAUGACUCUCCUCUUGGUCUAGAGAUGGAUUAUGAAGAUUUAGUCCCGCAAACGGCAAUAAGCGGCCAAUCACCCGAGGAAGGAAUAAAUCCUCUAGAAGAAGUCGACUUACCUGCCCCUUCUGAAGUUUUGGUCAAGGAAGAACCGGAAGAUAUUGAAGAAGAACAAGUAGAUCUGGCAAAAGUGAAAUGUGAAGUAUUAGAAAACCGGUAACUUUUUAUAAAAUGACUUUUAAAUAAGUAUAAUAUGACUGAUCUUCAAAAUGGCAUAGUGGGAAAAGUAAUAUCUAGGGAUUUUUUUUAAAAGCUGCAUUUAAAAAUGUGAUAAUGAGCGGAGUAUCUUAUAAAAAUAGAUUUCUAUGUCAAACCAAAUUAAUCCAAAAGUAUUGCAUAUUUUAAGAAAUGUUGCAUACAAUACAUCACAGUCUUUCUUAAAGGCCGCUUCACACGAUGCAAUAAAAUGUACAAGAAAUUGCAUGCAAUUCUUUGCAAAAUCAAAAUAUUGCAUAGACGAAUAUUGCACGUCGCUUGAUAUUAUGCAAGUUUCUUUUACAUCAUGGCUACCACUUACCAGAAUUCCAUAAGUAAAAGUAAACAAAAUCUAUUAUGCCGAGGUUAAUAAUAAAAAUAGCAAAAUUUCACGAAAGUCAACUGAUUCGAGACUGACAUUCGGUGGUUGCAAGUCAAAAGUUGCAAUGGCAAGAUCUUGCAUGAAAUAAUAUGCUGAACUUCAUCUGCGUAUGCUUUGGAUCAAGAAAUAUUGCGUGUUGCCUUAAGGCCGUUUGACAUGAUGCAAUUUAUUGAAAGGUCGAUAUAUUGCAUUUUAUUUAAUAUUUGUUAGUGGCUUAAAAAUGAAAAUAACAAAACAAGAUAAAGUAAACAAGAAAAAAGUGAUCAGUGCAUCACUAGCAAUAAUUAUAUCGUCUGCUACCUUGAUUUUGGCGUCUGAUGACAUAAAAGAGCACUCAGGCGAUGGUGGGUUAGUCCCUGGAUAGAUAGAACAAGGGAAUACAUGAGUUUAGCUACAGAAUUGGACGAGAUGGAUGAAAGGAAAAUAAAACAUUGAUUUGUUUCAUGCAUGAUCUCGCACUUGCAUCAUCUACGGUUUGGUGUCAUUUUUAUUGCGCGAAAGCUGCAAAUCUAGGGUGAAAUCUAUUUGCUUUUGUUUUAUGAACCAAUUUGUCCAUCAGGCUUCAAAAGCAAGACAGCAGUAGACAUAAUUAUUGACAGUGAUCCACUCUCCACUUUGUCACUUACUUAGUUUUGUUAUUAUUUUUAAACUGGUCACAAAAUAUUCAAAAUUUAUUCAAUUCACUCAUGGAAUUUUUGUUAGGGGCAACCAUUAUGCAAUGGCAAGAUACUUGCAUAAUGCCAAGCGAAUUGCAAUAUUCAUCUGUGGAAUAUUUUUACCUUGCAAGAAAUUGCAUACAAUUUCGUGCAAGUUGUAUUGCACCAUAUAAAGUUGCCUUAAUAUCAUCACUUAUUACUAAAAUCUUUCUGAUUUUUUGAAAUAUAUAUUUUCCAUGAUUUUUUCUAAUUCGAUUAUUGGGUCAAAGAGACAAUGGAAUGUGAUGACAACGAAAUGCAAUGUACGACUAGUUGAAAUAAUACAGGUUUAUAAUUGAUUAACGGCUUCCAAUAUUUAUCAUUUUUAUAAACAGUAAAAACAUAAGAGCUUUUUUCAUUGGUAAAUUCUUUUUGUGAUUAAAUUUUCAAAUUAGUAAUUUUAAUAAGAAAAAACAAUUCCGCGGCAUUUUAAAUAUCAUUUUUUGUAUCAAAAUUUUUAUUUGAAAACAAAUUUAUCCUUAAUAGGAAAACUCGAGUAUUUGUUGGCAAGAUAAAUUAACGAUUUGAAGUAACUUCAUGAGUUGUUUUACCAUGGACGCUUUAUUUUCUAUAUUAUCGAAUGAAAUUUCACCAAAACGACUUAUAUUUUAUGCUGAAUAUCAAGUGAAAAAUACUUUUUAAUCAUAAGUGACAGGCAUUAAUAUGAGCUUCGUAAGCUUUAGUCUAGUUAUGAGGCGCGGGCGUCAUCAUUGCUAUUAAAAUGUCAUUAUAUAUGAAAUAUUUUAAAUAAGAGUUAGUUUCUCAGUUUAAAAUUGAACAUAUUGAGAAAUUUUAAUAAAAAUACUAGACAUUACUAUUUCCAAACAGUCAAUCUAUACGAAUAAAAAAUUUAGGUAAAAAUUAAGUGUUCUUCUAAGGUGAGGUUGGCAAUAUUUACUUUAUUUAAUCUCUAAGAUUUUUGUUAUUAAGUGAAAAAUAACUGUUAUUUUUAAGUCAGACCCUAAUUGAGUCUCUAAUGUGUUUUUUGUACGAAAUGAUGGUGGGGGAAGUAUUUAUUUUUUUUUGUUCUCUACUACUUAGUUAUAAUGAAAAUAUAAAAGGGUUUAUUUAAUUUGUACAAACACGAAAUGUUCUUUCAUUUUAUAGUUGCAAACUGCCUAGGAUCAAUAUUGAAUUGGAUAUUGACAAUAUAUUUUUUUCAAUAAUAUUAUUGUCGUUAAACCACAUUUGCAACUUUCACUUUCCUGUUUGGUAGAUAUAUUUAAAUUAGUGUCGUUUAAAAAACAAAUAUUUUUUUAUAAAUUUCCACCUAACAAAAAUUCCAAAAUACAAAAAAUGCUAGAUUUGAUAAUUAUUUUUAGAUUGUAGGUUUUGCACUAUUUGAUGUGAACAAAAACUUUUUUACUUUAAAUUACUGAAAAGGCUCUUUCAUUAUUUCAAGUUGGAAUUUCUAGGACUGAUGUUGAUUUUCAUACUGAACACACUGUUUAAUUACCAGAACACUAAUAUUCAACAUUAUACUGUUAUUGUCAACUGGCGGACGCCAUGACCAACUUUCCAACGGUUCAACCCCCCAUUACUUGCAGUAAACUAUUGAUCAUCAUUCAUUAAAUUGUUCAGUUGCACAGCUUUUUUAUACAAGAGGUCCACUUGAUAGUGUUCCUUUUUCUCUCUCUUGGACAAACCAUAAAAAGAGAACUCCAUCAACUUUGUCAAACUUAGAAACUUUGGAUGUUUGGUGAUUUCCAAAAAUUUGGCUAGACGAUGAUGCUGUGCAGAACUGCUUCAGCUUGGUACGUUUUUUUCCAAUCAGAAAUUGUUGUCUUGCCUACUCCAAAUACUACUGCUACCUUUGUAACACUCUCGCCUUUAUCUAAGCGAUUCAUAACCUCGGGUUUUUCUUUUAAGGUACAAGUCGUAUGUUUACAUUUGGUACCGGUAGCCAUUAUGUUUAAUAACUAAGAACGUUAAUCACAGAUAUGCAGUCUUAGUCAACAGUUCGAACACUGCUACUAAAACUGACGCAGAUAAACCAACUGUAAAAAAAUUACCGAGCGGUGGAAAGGGGGAAAGAUGCGUACGACGCACCGUCGAUGACUCAACGUAUCGUCUAUCGUCAGAAAUACUUGAUUACAUACCAAGUUUUGUUAAUUCUUUCUGUUGUCCCGUUCCUCGAAUUUUUGAAAUGCGAAGAAUUAUUUUUUUCCAUUUAGCAUUUGAAUGAUACGAUUUAAAGGUAGGGAAAUGUUUUGUUAUUUAUAAAUAUGUACAAAACCAACGUUUAUUCCUUUGAAAACGAUUGUUGAGUUAAUCCGAAUUUUCACAGUGAAUAUCCCUAUUUCAAAGUUACCAGAAAUUUUUCUUAUAUUGAAAUUAUUACGUAAAUUUUAUUUUUUUACUUAAUUUAAAAUUUUUCUCAAUAGCUCUCUUGAAAAAUACUCAUUUUUCGCAAGUUUCUUUAACUCGAAUAUACAUUCUAAAUCAAAUUGAUUUUUAUUCAUUAGAAGGCCUAGGUGAAACUACAAGUUUGAAUUUACUAAUUAAUUGUAUGACGACGAAAAUUUUUUUUUAUAUGAAAUAACUAAUUAUUACAUUUUUGUGAUCACAUUGAGAAAACUAUCCAUUCAGUGAAAGCCAAUUUAUUCAACGAUUUAAGAUGAAUCAUUAUUACAGCAUCUAUUGUUGAUCAAGAAAUAUGUACGUAUUAAACAUGACAAAAAUCAAUAUUAAUAAGUGAAAAAAGUAUAUUGAAAAAUAGUGGUUAGCAUAUCAGAUUCACUGUUCUACAAUAGGGUACUUGCAUGGUUUGAGACAAAAAUAGUUGUGGAUAGUUUAUAUACAAUCUUUAUUAUAAUUUUUUUAUUCUUUAUUUAAUAUUUAUUGAGAAAAAAAUUAUUAAAAAUUUUGUAGGUAGUUUAAAUAUUUCAGUAAGGCGUGACGUUAUAGGUAUAAAAUAAACACUGAACAUAUGAUACAAAGUAAAUAUGACAGAUUUCCUAAAAUAAGCGUUAUGAAAAAUGGUAUAUAAAUCAUGAUAAAUCUAAUAAAGUUUUUUAUGAACUUUGAAUAUACUACACCAAAAAAGGUUUGAGUGUUGGUCGUUUUGACGAUCCUGUAAGAUGUAAUUAUUUGUGUUGCCAGGAUCAUUUUAAUAUAAGUAAGAUUUAACUUAUUUUAAUAUUUUAUAGUAAUUAAGUUUAUUAUGCUUUUAAUUUUUAACCUGAUUAUGUAAUAAUGUUAAGAACUUCAAUUUAUUUUUAUAUAUAGACAAAUGUGUAAUCUAUACGUAACUAAUAAAUAAAAUCUGUAUUAUAACAGCACACGCUACGUUUCAGGCAACGAUAACCUCGUGAUCAUCAAGCAGACAACUGCUCAAUGUUUUUAUUAAACCUAUGAUGUCACAACUGAAAACCAAUGAGAAUCGUUUUUUUGAUGUUGUUAAAAAUUUGAAAUUUUUGCGAUUUUCAAUUAAAUAUUUAGAUAUUAUUUUUUAACUUUUAAUUAAAUACUUUACUUUCUGACAUUAUUUCAUAAUAAGAACUUAUAAAAUAAACAAAAAAAUAAAUACUUUUUAAAAAAUGCAAGUACCCUAUUAGAAUAAAAUCAGUUUAUUUAUCUUACUGUCAUAGGCCUUUGCACUAUUCAGUAUUUAAAAAAAAAUUAUUUUUAUACUAAUUUUCAUCAUUUAUUUUUGUAUUGUUACGUUUAUUUAAGAGCCUUAUAUCAUUGGUGUACUUCUAUUAAUUCAUCAAAUCUAUAUAUAGUCAAAAUUAUCGAUCAGAAAAAGUGAUAGCACCGAACCACUUUAAUAUAGAAAAAUUAUAUGCGAGGCAUAAAUAUAUUUUCACUUUAUACAUAAUUUUUAUUAUAUUUUAUACUUUGUAUUGUUGAUUUGAAGAUAAAAAUAUGCGCUUUCAUUUUUGGAGUACUACAAUGAUACGAACUCUUAUUAUUGUCAAAAAUUUAUAUUUAUAAAGCUUUAUUAAAUGGUUCGUCCUUUAUACUUUUGAUAUCCCGUUUCUAAAUCGCAGUUAGACAAACUGAAUCACGUUUCUGCUAAAUUUAUUGAGUAAAAUUUGUUUAUUUUCAUAUACCUAGUAUUUUUAUUUUAUGAAGAAUUUUAUUACGUUUGUAUACACCAAACUACCUGUUACAUAUUUAUUAGAUUAUUGUCUGUAAAUAUAUAUAAAUAAUAAUAAA